AUGUUCUUCACUCGUAAUCGGAACAUCUUCCAGUCCCCGUUCACGUUACUACAUGGUGGUUCAUACUCUGACCAUCACCCAUGCGGCAAGGUGGAUGACUUCAGCUACCGUGCGAUCGGCACGCCGUUCCAAGGAGCCCCCCUUCCUCCCUCGUCACAGCUCCCAGUCUCAGCAAUACUGGAUACCUCACUUCAACAACGACUAGAAGGCGCGCUACUUGACUUUCUGGGCGCGCAUGACUUGGUGGAACUAUGGUAAUAGUGAGCGGACGAUCAGAGAAAGGGGGGGGGGGCGAUUGCUAUCGAAGCGCAGAGACCGAGAUGCCGAAACCGAGAAACACGCAGAUAAUGAAACCGAGAAUGAUAGAUUCGCAGAAAUGUCCUCUUCCAAGCGGUCCUCCCCUCCGAAAGUCGCCUCCCUCCAAAGUCGGUCUGAGUCGUGUCUAGUCUAGUGGUCUAUCUCCGAACAAGAAGCGAGUCUUCCCUCCAACGCCAGGACACUCCAUUCCCCCCGGGCCAGCUUCCUCCUCUUUUCCGACACUCGGCCUUCUGAUCACGCCAUACUUCGUCCUGAUCACGCCAUUCCUUGCUCCUGUCACACGGUCCCUUGCUCUGAACUUUUAUCCGCUCAUGUGACGCUAGGCCGAGUUAGCCGAAUCUGCGCUUCCCGACUAAGCGACUCCAGCCCGAUUUCCGAGACCACCGAAUUAGCCGACGCCCGCGUGAGUCGACUACCCUAAUGCAGCCGACAAGAUCGGGAGUCCCAUCUCAUUUCCGACAACAGGAGCCUCAUUUCCGACUUUGCUGCACACGACGGGAUCCCGAGUACCACAGAACCCGUGUACAACGAGACGAGCUCGCUGCUGAUGCAUAUGGGACAAACACGACUCUUCUGUACGAACUCACCCGAGUGCACCGUCAGCGUGCACGACCUGCGUAUCCGAAUACUCGAGCCCCUCGUCACGAUCGUGCUGAAAAAAUAUCACGACAAGAUCGAAGAGGACGGCAAGAAGUCGGGCGGUUGUUACCUCCUCCAGUAUCGCCCCGAAGACCCCCUUCAACCCCAACUCCCUCGCGGGAUCACCUUUGCUCUGAGGCACACGAUAACGGGGGUGGCGUCCAACACGACCAUAUCGUUUGAUGAAGACUCGAGCUUCCUGACCUUUGGAUGUCAGCCGAACGUGUUUGCCCGCGAGGACGAGUGCAAGUUCUUCCUCAACGAGGGUAAGCCGAUCCCGCUCGAUCCGUGCGGCAGGAGCCACGGCGCGCAGGCGAUGCUGAACAAGGUGAGCAUCUUGCAUUCACUCGUGCUUCGCUCAAUGGUCACUAGAUUGCUAACUGUAUCUUUCAUCGGGUCUCCAGCUCGUCUGGAGGAUGCAGUCUGCAAUUCAGCGUGACCCAAAGACGGGUAAAGUCGAGGUAUCGGUGCGCUUUGGCAUCAUUAUGGGCACUCAUUUUGCCAUUCUGGCCGAGUCGGGUAAGUUGGAUUGGUCAUGACGAGUUGAGCUUGCCCAUCCCUAAGCCACCUUCUGAUCCCCUGACAGUCACCAAUCCGAACAACGAUCAAGAAGCUGGGCUCGUCUACACCUCCAUCUUCAAAACCGGUAAUGAAGUCAAGGAUCGGGAUCGAUAUGCAUUCGAUUUCCGGCCAAGGUCCAUUCCGCCUUUGUUCCUCGCAAUCAUUCUAGACUAUCUCGUCAAGGUCCCACCUCCGCCCGACGAGAUUCUCAACUCUCUGUUUGGUACGGGGAAGCAUCUGGACGAUUCUGGCGGGGACUCAGGUGUCGAGGGGCAGACCAAACUUGAACGCUCAGAGGAAGGUAACGGGGAACAGCCAAGUGGGCUAAAAAACGAGCCACAGAGAACAGGUCAGCCAAGUGAAUCAGAGAAUAAGGGCCUUCCGGAACCAUCCGCCCAAGUCGUAUGACCACCAUGCAGCUCGCUGUCCAAGCGAGGCUGAACAGUGGCCGGUAAGUCAUCUCGAAUACCAUCGGAUGACGAUAGAAGUCGUUUGGCGCCUUCCCCAUCCACCGCGGGUAGCUGACAAGGCUUUCUUUCUGACGUUUAGCCACGAAUAGCUCUCUACAAAUUUGAUCGAGGGAAUCGGGUGAACCGGGGCACACGUAUCGAAGCCGUCAUCUUCGAGGUCGUCAGCAAGCCGGGCAAAUCCUUGAAGGCUCCUCGACACAACCCGAGUCAUGACCUUGUCCACCUUCCCCCCGUAUUAGUGUAUUACUAG